AUGGAUGCUUCAACCACAGACCACUUAAUCAGCCUUGUGCCGUCUCCAUCAAUGACUGUCAGCCCUUGCCCUGGUCUUGUGCAACCCGAAGAGCACAGCAGUAACACCGAGCUCCUUGAACUGCAAACCCAACGUGUUUCCUUGAAUAGGCCCAACACGACAGAGAUUUAUGAUGGCGAAUCUUUCAUCACUGCUCCAGAGUUCUUACCCAGACAUUCAACAAACAGCGCCAUCCAGAGCAAUCGAACCAACCUUGUUCAAAAUGGCCUCCUUGAAAAUUAUAAGAAGCGGGACGAGUGCCUCGCAAUCUUUCAGGAUAUCAAAUAUGUUUUGUGCAAACAACUCCACCAGCUACAACGUACGCUGUUUGAAGCAAGAAACCUCGAAUCCAGGCUCCAGGAGUUACCCCAAGAAGAGACAGACACCAACUUACUUCUUGCCGUUUGCACCCUUGGCAGCGCUCUCGCCGGUGUUGGACAUAUUCUCACGGGAAACAUUGCCAUGAUUGAGGGUGUGAAGAACCCUUCAAGCCUCUCCAAGAUGAAGAGGGUAAGCAAGAUUUUUCCCACCAAAGUUCCACUCUUUACUACAGCUUUACUAACCAGACCUAUCUCUACAAUCUCUGAUGAAGCAAAGACAGAAGACGGUUUAUCCGAUCUCCUACUAGACUGUACCCCGUCCGAGAACGAUAUAACAGAUCUCACGAAUCUCGAUACUCCAGACUGCCAGUCCCCUGUGACCCAGAACACACAAUCCUCCGAAAUCGAUCCUUUCAUCGACGCUCCCCAGAAGGCUGUCACAAGAAUCGAGACGCCUGAUGCUGAAAUUCGUCUCGAAUUCCAUUCUGAUUUUACAACCAUCUAUGGUCGACGGCUAUAUGCACCCUCUCCUCCAAACACACCCGCAGCGGAGCGAAGCCGUCGAGUCAUACUUCGAAACUUGCCGCCAGGCGCAAAACUACCCCAGAUUGUAAGAGGCAUCCAGACCCACGGGCAAAUUAUCAAUAUCACACCUCUCAACACGUUACCCAUCACCAAUAAUACCACAAAGACGGUGAUGGUGGAAUUCUUGCACCCAAGGCCGGCCGCAGAUUUUGUUCGCACAGUUCAGACUACGUCUCUCAUCUACGAGGAUGAAAAUUCCGACAAGUAUCACGCACACGCGUGGCUUGUUCCGACUGUCUCUUUUGACGUAUGCUGGGUAGAUCAAGAGAUUGUAUCACAAAGAUACAGUCGAUCGCUCCUAUUGAAAGGAUUCCCCAGUGACUACAUCUGGUAUUUUAUCAACACAAUCGGGCUUAAACAUAUCCUUCGUGUUGAGCACGAUGUGGCAAACGACUCGUUAUGCGUCGAAUUUACAUCUCUCUACCAUGCCCGAAGAGUUGACGAGCUCAUCUGGAAAGGCAAAUUCUCAGACAUUUACAAAUACUGUAAUCAAAAGGGCAUGUUCAAGGUCAUCGUCCCCGACGUAACGCAGAUAAACAACCACAUCGCUAAGCCUCCUUGUGGCAUAAUCAAAUAUCUUCCCGAAGACGACCUUGAGAGAUAUUGGGACACGCACCCGUAUAACUUCCCACCUCCUCAUCUCGCCAAGCCAGCCGCCCAACAGGGUCCAACGCGCCUCUCCUUGCAGAAACGCCUUGCUUUGCAACAUGAUAUUGAGGAAGACGAAGUCGACAACCUCCUCUACGAUCUCGAGAACCACAAGGACACGGAUUACAGAAUCAUCGGCAGCAAUAUCACAAUAACGCGCCGAAAAUGGAGCUGGAGCAUGAGUGACGAGGACGACACCAAGCUGCUCAUGGCAAACACUCUCCAUGAACCUGACUGGGCAGAGCAUUGGGACGAAUACUUUCUGAGCCGCGGCGAGAUUAACAUUCGCACGUGGGAGCAGUACGGCAUGCUAGCGAGGCACCGUCGAAAGAAGGCGGCCGAGCAGGGUCUUGGUCUGGGUGCGGUGCCCAAGUGCGAAAAGGGGUGCGAGAUGGGAUGCCGCGACAUUAAGAAGACGCCUGUGGCUGCUGUGGUGAAGAAGUAUCUCGGCGUUUCCAGAGUUAGGGUAAUGGACACGGGAGUUGUGCCGUGA